UGGCAAAUUGCCAAUUUUCACGAUAGUUUCCGUUUCUGUUUGAUAUAUUUCCCAAAAUAACAUUUUGUUUUUUCAAUUUCCUACAUUAAUUCAGUAAAUAAAUCGGAGUAUUCGUGUCAAAUAUCGAAAAGAACCUGUAACUUGUGAAGGUUUUUGCCGAAGUUCAUCAUCUCCGGCCAUAAAACGGCAAAUCAACAACAAUUCAGCCAGAAUUUCUCUAAACCCGACCCGCUAACAAACCCAAUAAAAGGGUUUCGCAAUUCAAUUACCCACACAUCACUCAUGGGUCGACCUCCUACCCAUGGAGCCCCGUCUUUCCGGUUCUUCCCUGCUGAGGUUGCUCAAAUGGAAUCUCUUUUACGAGAACAUGGUGGUCAUGUUCCAUCUAGGGAGGUUCUAAUGGCUCUUGCUGAUAAAUUCAGUAAUUCAUCAGAGCGGUCUGGAAAAAUCACAGUACAGAUGAAGCAGGUCUGGAACUGGUUCCAAAAUAGACGUUACGCGCUGAGGUCAAAAUUGGUUAAGGCGCCUGGAAACUUGAAUAUGCCACCUAAUCCUCAGGGUGAAGCAAAUCUAAUGAGAAGUGUUCCUGCUGUUCCCCUACAGACAUUUGUGCCACCAGGUCAUAAUGUGGCGAAAAAUGCAUCCGAAAAUCCUCUAAUGGAAUUUGAAGCCAAAUCUGCUAGGGAUGGGGCAUGGUAUGAUGUUCAAGCGUUUCAUUCUCAUAGGUAUCUUGAGACCGGUAACCCUGAAGUUCUAGUCCGUUUUUCUGGAUUUGGGCCUGAAGAGGAUGAGUGGGUUAAUGUUCGCAAACAUGUCAGACAGAGGUCUCUUCCAUGUGAAUCAUCAGAGUGUGUUGCAGUUCUUCCUGGGGAUCUCAUUCUCUGCUUUCAGGAAGGUAAAGAGCAGGCACUUUACUUUGAUGCUCAUGUCCUUGAUGCUCAAAGGAGGAGACAUGAUGUAAGAGGCUGUCGCUGUAGGUUUCUGGUUCGUUACGAUCAUGAUCAGUCUGAGGAAAUUGUUCCUUUAAGAAAAGUUUGUCGUCGGCCAGAAACUGAUUACAGGUUGCAGGUGCUUCAUGCUGUAAAUGAAUCAGCAUCUACGUCUGUGUGUGCGGAGUCCAAAAAGCCUGUAGUUGACCUUACGUCAAGCAGCACCUUGAGGGUGACUAGUCCUAAUCUCAGUGCUUUUGCCGGAGUCUCUACUCCAAUUAUUAUGAAUGCAGGGACUAGUGUCCCACAUCAAGUUCCUGCUCCAGUUCCCACUGCAACUGCAACUGCAACUCCAACUCCAUCUCCAACUUCUGUUCCAGCUCCAGCUCCUCCUCUAGCUUCAUCUUCAGUUCUAGCUCCAGCUCCGGCUCCGGCUGUGGCUCCAGCUCCCGCUUUGGGAUUUAGUUCAAUUCCAGCUGCGACUCCUGCUUUAGUUUCGACCCCAGUUUCAGCUCCGGCUCCUGCUUUAGCUUCAGCUCCAGCUCCAGCUCCAGCUCCAGCUCCAGUUCCAGUUCCAGUUCCAGUUCCAGUUCCAGUUCCAGAUCCUGCUUUAGCUUCUACUUCUGUUGCACCUCCUGCUCUGGCCAAAGCUCCAACUCCGACUCCAACUUCUACUCCAACUUCAUCUCCAAUACCAAUUUCUGCUCCAACUCCAUCUCCGACGCUAACUGGCGCUCCAACUCCAUCUCCAUCUCCGACGCUAACUGGUGCUCCAACUCCAUCUCCGCCCCUAACUUGUGCUCCUACCCUGACUUGUGCUUCAACUCAGUCUCCGAGUCUGACUAGUGCUACUCCAGCUUCAAGUGUGACUUGUGCUCCUACUCUAUCUCCGAGUUUGACUGUAACUCCGAUUUCUGUUCCAGAUUCCGACACGGCUCCACCUUCAAAUCCAACUCUACCUCCUACUCCAGCUCCGGUUCUUUCUACAAUUCCAGAAUCGGAAAAGAUUGAGAGUGACAUUCCACUGAUUCCAGGAACUUCAGCUAUUACUCAGGAGAAUAUUAUGAAAACUGAUCCUGCAAGCCAAGUUGUGGAAGUCAAGAAGGAAGAGUGUUGUAAUCUGGAAAGCUCUAUGACUUCGGCAGAAGAAAUGAAUGAUGAUUCGUCAGUUACAAUUCCCGGACCAGAAAAGGCUCAAGGUUGUGUACCAAGUGAGCCUGCAAUAUCAGUGAGCACUGCAACAACAGAUGGUGGUUUAACUGUUUCAAUUAAAGCAGAGAGCAACAACAAUCUUGCUGCGUCGGCCGAGGAUACUAAGGAAUGAAUCAGAGCAUUGUAGCUUAGUUUCUUAUCCUUUUCAUAGAUUUUUCUAUUUUUCUCUCUUUAAAGCUGCAGUAAUUGACAGUGGUAUUGCUUUUAGUUUAUCAGUCUAGAAAUCGACUACGUUACAGUUAUACUUUUGGGGUUUCUCUGGUCAUGAGAGUAGUCCUUAAUUAUAACUGUAUUAGUCGUAACUAAGCUUAAUAUUCGACAUAGUUUAUUUCACAAAGAUUCGUUUAUGUAUUGGACUAACUUAUAUCUGUUGAUAAAUCAACAAAUAGAAAAAAAAGCGUUACUGAA